CGGCCCGGCGCGGGCGGCGCGAUUGCCCUUCGCCGCCUCGAGGGGGCCCUGCGGCGGCCGCGAGCCAGGAGGACGGCCCGCCCGCGCGCUGCUCCGCGCCCAGCUUGCUGCGCCAUCGCCCCGCCGGACCGCGCCGCCGCUCGCCCAGCCAGAAGAAUCAGCAGUGAGUCUGCACAGUUUUAAAAGCAAGGUCUUCAAAAAAGCCAAAGUCUGUGGGGUCUGCAAACAAAUCAUCGACAGCCAAGGGGUUUCCUGCCGAGCCUGCAAGCACUCCUGCCACAGGCGAUGUGAAGCCAAGGCUCCGGGGGGUGCCUCACCGUCCGCUGCUCCCUGCUGCGACAGGCCGUCCAGGCCCGCAGCGCUGAGCCCCGCCAUGGAGGACGGCCACGAGCUGGACCUCACCUACGUCACCGAGCGCAUCAUCGCAGUGUCCUUCCCCACGGGCUGCUCCGAGGAGGCCUACCUUCACAGCCUGCAGGAGGUGACGCGCAUGCUGAGGUCCAAGCAUGGCGACAACUACCUGGUGCUGAACUUGUCGGAAAAGAGACACGACCUGGCGAGGCUGAACCCCAAGAUCCUGGACGUGGGCUGGCCCGAGCUGCACGCACCGCCCCUGGACAAGGUGUGCACCAUCUGCAAGGCCCAGGAGUCCUGGCUGAACUGCGACCCCCAGCAUGUGGUCGUCAUCCACUGCAGGGGUGGGAAGGGGCGCAUUGGAGUUGUCAUCUCCUCCUACAUGCACUUCACCAAUGUCUCGGCCAGCGCCGACCAGGCCCUGGACAGGUUCGCGAUGAAGAAGUACUAUGAUGACAAAGUCUCGGCCCUGAUGCAGCCGUCCCAGAAACGGUACGUCCAGUUCCUGAGCGGGCUGCUGGCGGGGACAGUGAAGAUGAACACCUCGCCCCUGUUCCUGCACUUCGUCAUCCUUCAUGGCACCCCCAACUUUGACGCCGGCGGAGCGUGCCGGCCCUUCCUCAAGCUGUACCAGGCCAUGCAGCCCGUGCACACGUCUGGGAUCUACAACAUCGGCCCGGAAAACCAGAGUCGGAUCUACAUUGCCAUCGAGCCGGCCCAGCUCCUGAAGGGGGACAUCAUGGUGAAAUGCUACCACAAGAAGUACCGCUCCGCCACCCGAGACGUCGUGUUCCGGCUGCAGUUCCACACGGGGGCCGUGCAGGGCCACCACCUCGUGUUCGGGAAGGAGGACCUGGACGGUGCCUGCAGUGAUGGCCGCUUUCCUGCCAACGGGAAGGUCGAGUUGGUGUUCUCCGCCACCCCCGAGCGGAUUCCAGGCUGCGAGCAUCUGCGCAAUGACCGCGGGGUGAGCGUGGACUUCAACACGGCUGACCCGCUGAUCCGCUGGGACUCCUACGAGAACCUGAGUGCCGACGGCGAAGUGCCACACACUCAGGGCCCAGUCGAUGGCAGCCUUUACGCCAAGGUGAGGAAGAAGAGCGCCUCAGACCCCAGCGUCGCAGGCGGGGCCCCGGCGGCCCCCACCGCCAGCAGCCCCGACCACAGCGACCACACCCUGUCAGUCAGCAGCGACUCCGGCCACUCCACCGCCUCUGCGAGGACAGACAGGACCGAGGAGCACCUGGCUCUGGGGCCCAAGAGGGGCCUGAGCGCCCAGGAGAAGGCCGAGUUGGAUCAGCUGCUCAGCGGCUUUGGCCUAGAAGAUUCCGGAAGCCCCCUGAAGGAUAUGACUGAGGCUCACAGCAAGUUCGGCGGGACACGCCACGUGGUGCCGGCACAGGUGCACGUGAACGGAGACGCUGCGCCCAAGGACCGGGAGACGGACAUCCUGGAUGACGAGGUGCCGGGCCAUGACCUGCGCAGCGCGGGUAGCGUCGGGACCUUGUCCUCCUCUGAGGGGCCCCCGUCGGCCCCCUCGGGCCCCUUUGCCUGCCCCCAGAGCAGCCACAACUCGCUCCUGUCCGAGGGGUUUGGCAGCAGCACCGGGGAAGACCCACACGGCGUUCUGGCCCCAGACCUGGGCCUCAGUGUGGGGACUCCUUAUGAGCGGGAGACUUUCGGGAGCCGAGAGCCCAAACAGCCGCAGCCGGUGCUCGGGGCGCCCUGCAUGUCCACGCAGACUCCGGCCUACGAGCAGAGCGGCUACUCCACGCAGACCUGGGUGCGCCAGCAGCAGAUGGUGGCCGCCCACCAGUACGGCUUUGCCCUGGACGGGGAGGCCAGGCUCAUCGGCCGCGGCCCAGUGGACAGUUCCCGCCUGGCACAGGCCCUUCCCAGGCUCCCGGUCACCCCCACCCAGGGGGCAAGCAGCAGGAUGCCCACACAGAGGGGCAUAGGCCCCGGGUCACUUCCUCCUGACACCCAGCGGCCUUCUCCCAACAAAGUGUCGAAAGCAAGGUUCCUAGAUGCCAGCAUCGUGAAUGGCACAGGCCCGGGGCCCAGCCCAGACCCCUCCCCAGGCUCUCCCACUCUGGACAUUGACCAGUCCAUCGAGCAGCUCAACAGGCUGAUCUUGGAGCUGGACCCCACCUUCGAGCCCCUCCCCACCCACUUGAGCACGCCAGGCGGCCAGGCCGAUGGCCCUGUGGCCCCAGACGGCAUGGGAGGUGGGCUCCGGGCAAGCGGCCGCCUGCAGGAACGAGGAGAAGACCCCGGCCGGGGCCCCUCGCAGCCAGGCCCCUUGGGGGAUGAGCCACUGCGCAGAAGGUUCCGGAAGCUGAGCCUCGGGCAGUAUGACAACGACGCUGGGGGGCAGCCAGCCUUCUCCAGGUGUGGGUGGGGGAAACCCACGGGUGCGGAGCAGGCUCCGAGCCUGGUGCCUUUCCUGUCUCCAAAUGAUGCCAAAGAGACGGUGCUGGCUGGGUAUCCCCCAGACCUGGAUGGGGCUGACGGUGGGGUCUUCUCUCCGAGCAAGACCAGCAGCAGUGAGUCCACGCCGCCCACGCCAGCCUUCCCAGUGUCCCCACAGACCCCAUACGUGACCACACCCCCGCACCACCCAGCGUUCAGCCUUCCCGGGCCGCAGACCGGCGGCGCCGGCGGUCUGUGCAGAGCGGCCCACGAACCCCGAGUCUGCCCCGAGGCCCUCGGUCACUCCGUGGGCAUGUCAGAGAGCCCCGUGGGGCCCAGACCCUCGGCACCACCCUUCCCACGGGCAUUCAUGUCCUGCGCCAGCAGCAGCAGCCCCGGCUCGAAGAAGGACAGCCCCCCAUCUGCCGAGCCCCAGUGGGCGGACACCGGCCCCAAGCCCACGCUGGCCCUGCUAGGGGGCAGCCGGUCCCCAGGAAGCCUGCUCAGCACCGGCGAGUUCCAGGAUGGCCCCAGCCCCGGGCGGCCGCUUCUCCCACCUGCCGAGCUCCAGGCCUCUCUCCACAGCCACUCGCUGUCACUGGCAGAGCCCCCAGAAGCUCUGCGCCCCCCGAGCAGCCAGGCCUUCCUGGGCUUCAGCACGGCCCCUGUGGGAAGCUCUGUGGGAACUAGCCUGCCCCCUGGGGAAGUCCCAGGGGCCCCGCCGGCAGGCUCCCAGGGAGCACCCCAGCCCCUCACCACCCUGCGGGCAGCCACGGCGGCUGUUGACAAUGGCUAUCUGCCACACGGCUUUCUCCUGGCAUCGCCCGGGCACAGCGGCCACCACAGCCCCGUCCUGCAGGGCCUGGGCCUGCCCCUCCCCGGGCAGCCCCCCCUUCCCGAGAAGAAGCGGGCGUCCGAAGGGGACCGCUCCUGCGGCUCCGCCUCACCCUCCUCCAGCGGCUUCUCCAGCCCCCGCAGCGGGAGCACCGUGAGCAUCCCCUUCCCCAGCGUGCUCCCGGACUUCUCCCGGCCGCCCGAGGCCCCGGCCCUCUGUCUGGGUGACCUGGGUGACAAGCACAUGUCGGUGAGCUUCGUGCAGGACACCUCCAAGUUCUGGUACAAGGCGGACAUCUCCCGAGAGCAAGCCAUCGCCAUGUUGAAGGACAAGGAGCCUGGAUCCUUCAUCGUCCGCGACAGCCACUCCUUCCGAGGCGCCUAUGGCCUGGCCAUGAAGGUGGCCACCCCACCGCCUUCCGUCCUACAGCUGAACAAGAAAGGGGGAGACCUGGCCAGCGAGCUGGUCCGGCACUUCCUGAUCGAGUGCACCUCGAAGGGCGUGCGGCUUAAAGGCUGCUCUAACGAGCCCUACUUUGGGAGCCUGACAGCCCUGGUGUGCCAGCAUUCCAUCACGCCCUUGGCCUUGCCCUGCAAGCUGCUCAUUCCCGACAGAGAUCCACUGGAGGAAGCGGUGGAGAGCUCUCCCCAGACGGCGGCCAACUCCGCAGCCGAGCUGCUGAAGCAGGGGGCAGCCUGCAACGUGUGGUACCUGAGCUCCGUGGAGAUGGAGUCCCUCACCGGCCACCAGGCCAUCCAGAAGGCCCUGAGCCUCACCCUGGCCCAGCAGCCGCCACCCCUGUCGACGGUCGUGCACUUCAAGGUGUCAGCCCAGGGCAUCACCCUGACGGACAACCAGAGGAAGCUCUUCUUCCGGAGGCACUACCCCGUGAGCAGCGUCAUCUUCUGCGCGCUGGACCCGCAGGGCAGGAAGUGGGUUUCAGACGGCGUGGGCUCCAGAGCCUUUGGGUUCGUGGCCCGGAAGCAGGGCAGCACCUCGGACAACGUCUGCCACUUAUUCGCAGAGCAUGACCCCGAGCAGCCUGCCAGCGCCAUCGUCAACUUCGUGUCAAAGGUCAUGAUCGGCUCCCCUAAGAAGAUCUGAGCCCCUCCUGGCUGCAGAUGCCAGAGGGCUGGGGUGGCCCACCGCGUCCCUGCAGUGAUCCUGACUUUCUGGCUCCUGCAGCUUCCCCAGCACCACACCACCCCCUGCGCCCUUCCUGAGACAAACGGUGCCCAUGUCCGUCUGCAGCCCGGCCCUUUCUGGGCAGAAGUGGGCACCAGGUCACCCACCCAGCUCCAUGCCCAGGACCUCUCGAGGAAACGAGGGCUGAUGCCUGUGGGCCACCACCCUCCCAGGACAGGGACGCACAUGUAAUGUGGCUUUGUGCAGGUCCUUUCUGAACUCCAGGGCAUGGACAAGGGAAUGGCGUUAUGACCUGUGAGGACCAGGGUGUCACCGUGGGCCGAGAGCCCCAACCCAGCCUGGCGAGUGCUCCAUCCUCAAGUCACAUCGGGUCCAAAGGUGUGCCGGCUGGGAGGAGAAAGGGUGAAGAUGGAAGUAAAAUGCCAUUUCCAUGUACUUUUUUGUUUUUGCCAAGUCAGUUGUGAUCACAUUUGUCACUGUGGCCUGUGUGGGUAUCUCAGUGUGGAGGCACCAGGGGAGAAGGUGACACUGUGGACUGGCUGCUGUGUGCCAUGACCAUCAGAGUGUCGUCUCCAGGCUGCAGGUGACACCCUUUCUGGAGUGGAAUGUUCUGGAAGGGUGGGACACACCGACCUCCAGGAGCUCCCCUCUGGUCUGUCACAUCCACGCCUGCAGGCUCCUGGAGGGUCCCCUAUGCUUCCGGCUCCCUGAGCUGGGCAGAGGGCAUCUCAGUCUCACCCUGCCUCAGCCACAGUCCUCGUGGCACCUGCCGGCACGCCUGCGGCAGAGCUGUGGCCUGUCGCCUGUCCCAGAUGCGGUCACAGGUUGGGGAGGAGCCAGUGGCUCUAUCCUGAACUUUGGUUCUCCACUUUGGACACCGAGCACCAGCUCCUCUGUCCCCCAGAGUCAGCAGUGACAGGCCACGGGCCAGGGUGGGGUGGGCUUCAUGGACUCCUUGUGAAGCAGAUUUGGGUGUGGGGCGAGGAGCAGGAACCAAGAGGGGCGGGGGGCCUGCCCCUCAGCUCCAGUUGCAAGUGCCUCCUUUCUGUGCCAAAUGUCCACCUCAUCCCCCAAGGCGGACCUCAUCCGUCACACAGCUGGUUCUCAGUCCAUGUCCUAGUCCCUGUGGAGGCAUGUAGCUGUCACUGUCCAAAUCUGGGAGGGAACUGGGUUGGGCCUGUCCCCAGAAGAUGCCUUGUCUCGAGAUGGCUCACACCCAUGUCUGACUCCGAGGAGCAGGCCAGGCCCCGAAUCUCUCAGGCAGAGGGAGGCGGGUGGGCACGGGGCUGAGACACAUGACCCCGGGACUCAGACUCCUGGGUCUCCCGCGCAGUCGCAUCCUGGAUGCAGAGGAGCCGGGCACCCAGCAGCAGCAUGUCCUCCCAGCGCCUGAGGGCCCUGGAGGUUUGCCCCAAACAGAUGGCUCCCGAGGAAGCCAGCACCUGGCUUCUGACCAGCUGGAAUGACAGGGCUCUUUGCGUGUUACACACGCAUUACACAGGACCACAUCCCUGAGACCUUGGCGCCAGGCUGUGGGUGAGCCCCACCGCCCACCUGGCUCCACGCAAGGGCAGACCCACCCCCAGGCUCCUGGUCUCUGGGCACCCUGGGCACGAGGCAUGGGCCUGGGCUCUCACCAGAGGUGUGCCCGUAAGUGUCACAGCCAGGGUCCCUUUCGGCCCUCAGUUCCCUAUGAUGUCCCUCCAGUGCUCACCUGUAAGCCUCUCCCUGUGUAUCUUCAGCGUCGAGACAGCCUCGUGUCUCCUGAUCUGCCUUAACUGCCAGUGGGCAUUUUCGCCUCCCAUAUGUUGUAAAGAGCAUACCCAGUGUAUAAAUGAAUGUGCUAUAAGCUCUUUGUAUAGUCGCUGUCUGCUCUUCCAACACCAUCUCUGUUCAGAGCAUAUAAUAAAGUGUCAACCUCCACAA